GCGGAUGGCUACGGCGGCGGGGCUGCGAGUUGUUGUGGGCCGUUGGAAGGGGCGUCGCGCGGCGGCCGCUGCACGUGGCAGGUUCGCAUCAACGUCCGCCGAGGGGCCGGAGAAAGAGUCCGCGCUGCCACCUCCCCCCGAAAACAGGAUUUCAGGUUUUUGCCCUCCUUCCCAUUCUUGCCAUGAUUGGAUUGGACCUCCCGAUCAGUGUUCCAACCUCCGGCCAAUAGUAUUUUAUAUUCCUACACAUGAAUCUCCAUUGGAACGGAGACUUCGAGAACUCAGACAAGAAACCCAAGCUUGGAAUCAGCAAUUUUGGACAAACCAGAAUGUAUCAUUUAGAAAGGAAAAAGAAGAUUUUAUUCACUCCAGAUUGAAAGCCAAAGGUCUAGAAUUGAGAGAUGAAAAAGGGCUGAAAACCACUCUGGGUGCUGAAGAAAUGGCUGAAUUUUACCAACUUUUCUUAGAUAAAAACUUUAAAAAGCAUCGACUUUAUAACAGGGAUUGGUACAAACGGAAUUUUACCAUCACGCUCAUCAUGGGUCAAGUGGCAUUUGAAAGAGCAUGGAGAAGACUUGGGUUGAAAAAGAUAAAAACAGAGGACUAGUUCACUGCAGCACCAAGUACCUUUGGAAGAUGGCCUUAUUAUUACUUAGAAUCUGAACGGCAACAACGGCUGUUCUCAGGUCUACGGGUAGCUUCAGAUGUGAAUAAAAGUAGAGUUGGUCUUUUUCCACUACUAUUUAUAGCACCAAAUGUCCCUCAUCAGCUGAAAGAUAAACUGGUAACAUCAAAAUUGUACCUUAUUGAUGGGAGGAAAGGGCUAACGGCAUCUUUGUGUCUGGUUUCAUGCCACCUUUGUUCUGUGACCUGGUGUUUGCAUUCCACAUCAUUGAAAAAUAUGUCAAACCUCAGUGCUUAAAAUCAGGUUUCAUAUCAUAAUACAAAAUUGAGUUCUAAAGAGCUUGAUAAAUGUAUCAUUUUAUGUAUUGUCAAAGGCUUUCACGGCCGGAUUCAACUGGUUGUGGUGGGUUUUCCGG